AUGUUGUCAAGUCGAGGAGCGAAAUGGGCAACUGUCGACUACGCCCAUGGCGUGAAAGACACCUAUGAUCCGGAGAGUAAGCCCAAUGGCACCGUCGACUUUGGAAAUGCUGAGAAUGUUCUGAUGCAUGAUGCUCUCACGGAGUUCAUCAAUAGCCAUAGCCACUUCGACAAACAAUGCUGCUCGUACGGAGAGGGUUAUACUGGAACCUUUCGUCUGCGUUCUGCAAUGGCCAGGCAUCUCAACGAAUACUUCCAUCCAGCCAGCGAGAUCGAUGCAGAGCAGAUCACCUUCGCCGCGGGUGUGACUGAUUUGAAUGAAGUGUCCGCUCUGUUGACUUGUGACGAGGGAGAUGCGAUCAUGCUCGGGCGGCCCGUGUAUGGUGCCUUCUUUCGAGAUCUGACUACCAGGACUGGUGUCAAGCUCGAGUAUAUCUCUGUUGGAGAUACUGAUCAGUUUGGUCCUGAAUGUGUUCCCGCAUUCGAGGCUGGGUUUGACGCUGCAAGAGAACGAGGCAUCAACAUCAAAGCAUUGAUGAUCUGCAAUCCUCAUAAUCCUCUGGGUCGUUGUUAUCCUCGCGACACAUUGAUAGGGUUGAUGCGUCUUUGUGCCGCGAGGAAAGUCCAUCUCAUCAGCGAUGAGAUCUACGCCCUUUCAGUAUAUCCCAGAGACGACCGCGACUGUGAACAAUUCACGUCAGUAAGAGCAAUUGAUCUCGAUGGCCUGAUAGAUCCCGGUCUGGUACAUGUAUUGUACGGAAUGUCCAAGGACUACGGAGCCGGCGGUCUUCGGCUUGGGUGCAUCAUAUCACAGAACAAGCGAUUUUCGGAUGCUGCUCGUGCCAUAUGCCGCUUCUCGUCCCCGUCUCAACUAUCCAUGGCUCUGUCGGCGAGUCUUCUAGAGGACCGAGAAUUUAUCGAAAGAUUUCUGGAUCAAGCGCAGAUGGUGUUGAGAGAUGGCAGAUUGUUUGCUGAGUGGCUUCUUGACGAGAACAAGAUUCCAUAUUCGAGACACGGGAACGCAGGUCUGUUCAUCUGGCUUGAUCUUGAGCCGUUCCUUCCCGUCAGCGAGACGGAUGGGGACGGCUGGGCUGCGGCGAGGUUGCUGAACGAAAGGCUUCGAGAAGAAGGAGUAGUAAUGUCGACGGGCGAGGCGUAUCGUGCCGAGACUCCAGGUCGAUUCCGUCUUGUCUUCAGCAUGUCCGAAGCAGUGGUGAGAGAGGGUGUCAAGAGGUAA